AUAUCGGACAUGUGGCUGAAGGAACUGGGGAUCGAACCCCAACAACCGACUCUACUAACUGAGCUACAGCCGCCCCACAAGGAUAGAUGUCAGACUUGACAACACGCUGCUGAAACAGAGAAUGUCAGACACGGCAGACUCCCUCACACCUAUGGAGAAACAGGAAGCUCUUGGUGAUGAUGUGUCCUCACAACCACCAUCACCACCACCGUCAUACGCAGAGCAGCAGCCCCCGCCCUACUCUGCUGACCCCUCAGUGUUCCCUCCAUCAAAAGAGGAAACCGCCUGCACUUCCCAGCCAACCUCCGAGUACCCGUCCGUCAGCGACAUAAACCCAGAGGCCCCGCCGGACUCAACUCCACCUGAAGAGCCAUCGCCUUUUGAUGACAAGACAGUGAGAAGAGGUUUUGUCAGGAAGGUGUUCUGCAUCGUGAUUCUCAUGCUGCUGUUCACCUUCAGCGUGGUGUGUGUGUUCACCUUCUCCAACGUGGUCAGACAGGCGGUGAGGAGAAACCUGUGGAUCUACCUCAGCUCCUUCUUCAUCUUCUUAACUGUUAUCAUCGUCCUCUUCUGCUGCAAAAACUUCAGUCGGCGUCACCCGUGGAACAUCGUGGGACUGGUUGUGAUCACUGUGAGCUUUUCGUACAUGGUGGGAACCGUCGCCUCCUUCCACCAGACCUCGGCUGUUGUCGUCACCAUGGCAGCAACUAUCGCCAUUUCUCUUGCAAUCCUUGCAUUCUCUUUACAGACUCGUUUUGAAUUCAACAUCUGUUACGGCAUUCUGCUGGUUCUGGCUGUGGACAUGAUCGUAUUUUUCAUCUUCCUCACCUUCUACAUCUCGCACGUGCUUGAUGUCACCUAUGGAUGUCUGGGGGCCCUGCUUUUCGCGCUGUUCCUGAUGAUCGACGUUCAGCUGCUGAUGGGGAAGAAGAGCGAAGGCCUGGACCCAGAGGAAUACGUCAGCGCUGCCCUCAUAAUCUACCUGGACAUAGUGCUCAUCUUCCUCUACCUGCUGGGGAGGAGAUGAAACAGUGCAUGCACGGACACACGCAUGCGCGCGCACGCACGCACGCACGCACGCACGCACGCACGCACUCACGCACGCACGCACG